AUGUCUCAAUUAACAGACGAUCAAACGAACGUCAACGAAGCAUGGUCAUGGAUUAUUCCUAUUGUAGAUCCUUCUGAUUUUCUUUAUUCCAAUCAAAAUGUUAUACCUGACGAACAAAAUGAACAACCAGCUGAAGCACGAGCAUGGUCUACGUAUCAAAGUUCAAAUUUAGAAAAUAUUCUUGGUGAGGGUCCAACAAGACAACAGAAAACUCUCCUUACUUCUACACUGCCGGGUCAACAGCCAUUGAAGGAAGACGUUCGUGGAGUCGAACAGAUUCUUUCCUAUGUUGAUCGACGUCGACCUCCUCGUCACAAGAAAUAUCACUUAACUUGGCGUACCCUUAUUGGAACGAUGUCUGGUAUGGAUCAAAUUUAUGCACGAGACGAUUUUCUUCACUACUACGAAGAAUUUCGACCUGCCUUUAUUUUCAUGGAUUCAGUUUUUCGAGGUAUUGGUCAGGUGAUGUUUGCUAAUAAUCCAUUGUCAGGUAUUAUUAUUACAAUUGGAUUAUUUAUUGGGAAUUGGGAGUUAGCAUUGUAUGGUCUUCUUGGAACGUGUGUGUCAACAUUAACAGCUCAUAUGCUUGGAUUUACUUUUAAUUCAAUUCGAGCUGGAUUGUAUGGUUAUAAUGGAUGUCUGACAGCUAUGGGAAUAGCCUAUUUUAGUUUUCCUCAUUCUCCUCAAAUGAUUGGUCCUAUCGUGAUCAUGUGUAUGUUUUCAACUAUUUUUGCUAUGGCAAUCAGUAAAAUACUUGUUCAUCGACUUGAACUCUCGCCAUUUACGUUUAGCUUUCAAAUAUGUACUUGGAUGUGGCUUCUAGGUGCUCUAAAAUUCCGUUAUUUUUUCGUAAAUGGUACUAUCUUGUCUCCUGGAUUAUUAUCUACGUUAAUUAAUAAACCUCAUCUCUCAAAUGUGUCUUUUCCUGUCUAUACGGCUAAAGAUAACUUUGUUGGUUUCUUUGCUAGUAUUGCACAAGUUUAUUUUAUUGAAAGUCCAUAUACGGGUGCGAUUAUUCUUGUCGGUGUUGGUAUUUGUUCUCGAAUUCUUUCGUUUUUUGCUCUUUUUGGCGCUGUUACAGGUCAAUUAACUGCAGCCUACCUUUUGGGAUUGCCUGCAACAGCAAUUCAUGCUGGAUUAUGGGGCUACAAUCCAGUUUUAACAUGUCAAGCAUUAGGUGGUAUGUUUUUUGUUCUCAAUGGAUACAGAAUAUGGUUAUUAACACUCUAUGGUUCAGUAAUGACCAUACUUCUACAAGCAGGUGUUUCAGCUUUUCUCGUUCCAGCUGGUAUGCCAACACUGACGUUUCCAUUCACCGUAAUCUGUUGGAUAUUCUGUCUUAUCGCUGGUUCGAAAAAUCUGAUUGCUGUGCAAUUAACAGCCGUCAGUAUUCCUGAAGAUCAUUAUCAUCGAUAUCGUCUUUCACAAUUAGUGAAAGCUCAAUUUAAAUUUAUAAGUCGUCUAGCACAUCUUGCAUCAACUGAUAAUGUAGAUAUAACAUGGGAAGAGCUUUCAAAAAUCAACGAAAUAUUUGUUCCUAUUUUAAUGUGUUCAUAUGUUUAUCAUAAUGAUUUGCAUCAUAUGAAAAUGUUAGUAAGAGAAAAUGUCAAUAUUCAUUCGACCGAUCAAAAUUUACGUAGUCCACUACACAUAAGUGCUUCGGAAGGUAAUAUGAAAAUAACUAAAUGGCUUGUUGAAAGUCUCAAAAUCAACGUUAACUCGAUUGAUAAAUUUGGUAAUACACCAUUAUUUGAUGCUUUAUGGAAUGGACAAUUUCAUUUACUACCGUUUCUAUAUUCACAUGGUGCUCGAUUACCAUCGUCGAAAUCAAAAGAAUUAGCAUAUUAUCUCAAUGCAUUUGUGUAUGAAGGUAAUAUGGAAGCAAUUCAAUAUUGGCUUGCAUGUGGAUUCAAUCCAAAUGCGAGUGAUUAUGAGGGUCGAAAUGCUCUUCACUUGGCAGUUAUUACUAACCAAUUCGAUAUUGUAUAUUAUCUAGUGGAAGAAUUCUUUGUCUGCUUAGAUGUACCCGAUUAUUUUCGUCAAACAGCCAUGGACUAUGCUUCGCGCUUACCCGAUCCGACUAUCGCUGAUUAUUUAUUACAAAAACGCGCAAAUAAUUAUAUACCUGUGAAAACAUCAGGAAAAAAAUCAACACUUCUAGCAAUUGUCGUCGAAAAAAAUCUAAAGAACAAAACCAACGCACAGAAAAGAAAGGACAACGAAGAAUAUUCGAUAAGUAUGGACGAAAGUCUCUUACCUACUCUGUUCUGCAUGAUUGCAGCUCAAGAAGACAUUCAAGUAAUGGCCAACUUCCUGGAAGAAUUUCCUCAACUAAAUGCGCUCGAAUGUGUUGAUUAUGAUUUUCGUACGGCAGCUCAUGUUGCUGCUGCUGAAGGUCGACUUGAAACUAUUCGUUUUUUGUCUCAACAAUGUCAAAGUUCUGAUUUUGAGAGAAUAAUGAAUCGAGAAGAUCGAUGGCAUAUAACACCAUUAGAUGAAGCUUAUCGUAAUGGACAUCUUGACAUCUGUAACUUUGUCAAUGAAAUGAUACCUACUCAAACUAAGGAAACUUAUGAGAAAAUAUUCGAUUCAGACGACAUAGAAUCCGAGGACCAUGCUACUGUCUGUUUAUUUCAAAAAUGGAGAAAAGUAUUCUUCUUUUGUACGUUGGCGGGAAUUGGUGCAGUUGAAAGAAUCGAUGGAUUAUUUGCUCGUGGUUAUUUUCUUCGAACGAAACUUUACGCGGAUUACCAUGGUCGUACUCCCAUGCAUUUUGCUGCAGCAAAUGGACAUUUGAAUGUAAUACAAGCACUCAUUCGAUAUCGACUUGAAGAUGCACUACACACAGAUCGCUGGGGAAAGUAUCCUAUCGAUGAAGCACGACACAAGAAAUUCGAUAAAAUCGUAGACGAAUUAAUGCAGCUGCAGUUAUCAUAA